AUGGAAAAGGAUUUGUCCGCCACCUUCAGCCUUCCAGCAGUUCUGUCAGGCCAGCUGCUGGAGCAACACCGCGAGGCGCUAGCAACAGAGAUCAAAACCUCCUUCAACCUGCUCGACUCAAAGCUAGAUCAAACGCGACUCACGGUGGAGGAUCAUGAUCAACGUGUUUCAUCUCUGGAGCUGGCUUCAGAGGACUUAAAUCAGCGGGUGACAGACCUCGAGGAGACAUGUACCAUCCUCCGUGAAGCUAAUGCUAAGCUUAAAGCUAAAGUCACGGAGCUGGAGGGGCGAAGCAGACGCCAGAACGUUCGUAUCCUGGGGGUUCCGGAAUCGACCGAAGGUGGCUCUCCGUCUAAGUUCUUCUCCAAUCUGCUGUGUGAGGUGUUCGGAGCCGAAAUCCUCCCGACCCCACCAGAAAUCGACCGCGCUCACCGCUCCCUUGCAGCCGAACCAGCCGCCGGGCAAAGCCCGCGGCUGGUCAUUCUCCGUUUGCACCGCUUCCAGACCAAGGAGCUCAUCGUCAGAGAGGCUCGCCGGCUGGGAAUGCUUGAAUUGCGGGGGAAACCCAUACGCGUCGUGGAGGAUUAUAGCCCUGAAGUCGCCAACCAGCGGGCAGAAUACAGGGCCGUGAUGACUGAACUUUACAACCGAGGACUCAAACCUGCCCUGCUCUACCCUGCCAGGCUUCGCGUCACUCUACGGAACGGAGACAAAAAGUGGAUCGGCUCCGUAGAUGAAGCAAACAAAUACAUCAGCAACCUUCCCAGAACAACGGAUUCCUCUUAA